AUGGCUGCUCAUUUCGAAGAUACAUAUGUGGAGAUCAUGCACUUGAAUCCACGGCCAGCCAGUGAGCCCUGUCGGCGCCAGAACGGCGAUGGCGCCGGCAACCAUCUCGACGGCGGCGACCGUAUGCCAAAAGAUUGGCCAUGUAUUGCACCAGUGGCGGCGACUACGCCCGGCACAUCCUACGACGGCCCGACGGCGAAGGCGUACGUGCGGCGGCUCGGCAACACGGCGUCUCCACGACGACCGCGGCAUCCUGGUAGAAACGGCAGCAUGGCGAACGUGCAGUUUCGGCAUCUACAGCAGCGGCGAACAUGCAAAUCCCCGGCAUGGUGA